AUGGACAGCAAUCAACCCCCUGUCUAUCUCGAUGUUCCCGUGACAGACGCUGAGCGGGCUCAGGCCAGGCGGCGACAGGACGACAGCUCCGAUAGACUUUUACCAGAAGCCGUUCAUCAACAUCCAGAAGAUUCUUCAUCAUGGACCCAAUACAACGCACCAACACCCAGUCGAUUUCCAUCUAUACGGGGUGCCCCGGCGAUUCGACAAAUACCACCGAGUUUCUCGAAAAGGUUCGAGCCUCGUCAAUACGUGCCCAUUUCCCCUAUUCACGAAGAAGACGAACCCGAGUCCAUUCGCCUUCAGGAACCAUCAAUAUACAACAAGUCCGACGAAGGAUCUUUACUUCGACUACAACCACCGGCUCCUCCGUUAUGGACUCCCAUAUGGCUGAAGAAGAUGACCUUGAUUCUUUUCGCCAUUUUCUUUGCCCUCCUGGUAUUGGCGCUGGCCCUCCUUUGGCACUUCGACCGCACCAACGACGGAUUCCAUGUCGCCAGCGAUAUGAAGCAUUAUGCCUGGGCUUAUGCUCCUACAGUAAUUGCUGUCGUCAUCGUUGCAGUAUGGAGGUUGGUUGAUUAUCACGCGAAGCUGGCGAUGCCUUUCGAUGCCCUUCAAGACGGCCCUAUAAAAGCUUCCGAAAGCCUUUUUGUCGACUAUAUUUCUAAGUUCCAAUUGGUGGCACUGUUUGAAGCGACCAGGAAUAACCAUUUCGCCGUCAUGGCUACAGUUGUCGGGUUUAUCUUAUUGAAAGUUGCUACGAUGUUUUCAACAGGACUUUUAGUUCCAUUGCCAACACAGGUGAAGCAGAGCAAUGCUCCAAUCCAAGCACGAGGCUUCAGCGCCGACUCAUUCGAUCCCAAUACGCCUUUAACCUCGUUGUCCGUGGCUUCGCCGGUGUAUGCAUAUUAUGGAAGUAAAACACAGGGGAUACCCCUUGAGAACGGCGUUGCGAUCGAUUUGGCGUAUGGCGCAUUCACGGUGCCGUCAAACACGUCGAUCGGACAGAAUGCGAUCAUCACGGGCGACGUCCAGGCAUUUAUUCCGAAUGUGACUUGCAGUCGACUCGAUGUCAAUUUGGAUACUCCCGCAGUCGUCAAUGACACCAACUCUGCGAACGCAUUUGCAUCUUCUUCAAAUAUAUCUUUCACCAUCCAAGCCGGCGAUGCUUGCAGCCGAGCGUCCUCUGUCAGUGUGCCGGCUUACGACCCAUAUACCGAGAUUGUUCCUGGACACCAGCUAACUGGUACUAUGCAAGAGAUAUAUUGUGGCACCACCGUUGGGGACACUUCAGACUCUCAAGGCCCUCGGGGUUUGCUGUUCACACUGACCGACAUCAAAUAUGAACAAACUCUCUUCGAUAAUGCCACUCAACUUGCGGGCGGUACCUUCACGAUCGCCAGUGACGUGUCAAGAACUCUCACUAAUAUGACAAACGUGUUUUGCAAGCCUUCCUAUACCAUGACUGAAGUCAAGGUGACCAAUAAAACUCAGUUGAGUGGUAGCCGCCAAGGCAUAUCCAUUGAGUCGGGGGAGGGAUCGAACAGUAGUCUGCCCAACUUCUCGAAUUGGAAUGCCACCAACGUCUUCCUCCAAUCCGCUACAUCAGCUGAUGCUCUAUUUGGCGACAUCGUCAACGAUGAUAAUUCUUCGAAUUCUAGUGGUAUCUUUACGCUCAUGGCUCUUGGAGAAGGCGAUCAAGAUAUUAGCUCGCUGUUGGAUGCGGACAAGAUGAUCUCCGCGGCCCAGGAUACCUACAAAGGGGUUUUGGCGCAGUACGCUCACCUAUCUUUGAGGGCGACCAACACUAGCAACAUUGAUGGAGGGUCCCUGACCAACGAGGAACGCAGACUGCGCGUCAAUGAUGUCUCAGUCUGGACCAUGGCUUCAAUUUUUGGAAUCUUGGUGAUCAUCUGCAUUGCUCUUGUGUUCAUCGCUCCACGAGCAGUUGUUCCGCGCGAUCCGAGCUCCAUCGCUGCCAUCGCUACGAUACUUACACGAAGCACUGAGCUGAACAGGCUUUUGAGGAAGCAGGGUGUUCCAAAUCUCGCCAAUCAGCAAUCAGCCUUGUCUGGAUUCGAAUUUGGAACUGCCAUUGCUAUCACCGACUCUGGCACCACAAGUUUCAAAAUCGUGGCCUCGGAGGGCGAGCCAAUGCAAGCCGCAACAAAACCCAACAUGGACCUCAAAUGGUGGCUACCAUUUACUGCUUCUUUACCAGUCUUGUUCGUUACAUUGGCGCUCCCAGUGGUGUUGAUCGCUGUCCUUGAGGUCGUCCAGCACUAUUCAAAUAAGCACAAUGGACUAUAUACGGUUGCAGACGACAAAUGGACCGAGAUAUACAGCCAUUACAUCCCUGGUAUUGUCACAUUGAUAGUCGCUUCUCUGGUCAACAUGUUAGACUUCAAUGCGGCUCUUUUUGCACCGUGGGCGAAUUUAGCAAAGGGGGACGCUAUCAGUCGAAAAUCCGUACUCCAUCAUCUACUGGGACUGACACCUCCCUGGGCUUUUUUACGAGCCAUCCGUACCCGUUAUGUUGGUGCACUGUCGAGCAUCUUGGCCGCUGGGUUGGCAAGCGUAUUGACCAUUCUCGUUUCUGCGCUUUACACAGUUCAACACGUUACUGUCAACGGACCCGACAUCACUCUAACCCAGCUCGACUCCUUUAGCCUGCAGUGGCCAAACAGUUUCUCUACUGACAACGGAGCUGCCGCAAUUGUGGACCUGAUAAUGCACCAAGAUGUCAGUUAUCCUCAAUUCACCUACCAAGGCUUAGUCUUCCCAAAGCUGUCUCUCAACAAUUCAGAAGCGUCCUCUGACUCUGCGUCGGUUGUGAGUGGGUCGUCCAGUCAUAUUCUUCCUGCAGUACGCGCCAACUUGCGAUGCGAGAUCCUACCAAAUUCGUCUUUCAACGUGUCUACUGAACAGGCCGGCUCAGACAGUGCAUUUGCCACCGAUCAAGCUUUUGUCACCGCUACAGCAUCACUUCCGGCCUCAUGUCAGCUUGGUGGUUCCAGCGGAUCCGAAAAUACUGUGACGUACGAGAAUAACUUUGAGCUCCCUUCUGGAGGAGGAGGUACCUACGCUGGGGCACAGUUGGAUCUACUCUUCGGUUCGAAUGCGUCUACGUACGGGAACUAUGGAGAAAGUCGAGGACAGUACAUUGGCGACAACCCCGCCGUGGGAUGCCCCAGUCUUGCCUUCACGUUCGGCCACUUCAAACUCGAUAGCACAAACAAAAGCCAGGUCACCACAAUGAUUUGCUACCAGGAAAUUCAAGCUCUGAAGGCAAAUGUGACCCUCAAGGAUGACUCUACCUCUAUCGACCGCAACAAUCCACCCACGGUUCAAAGUGGCAGUGUGUCUUUGCGCUCGAAUCCGAUCAGCACCACCGGUGCAAAUUCCUUCGACUUUCGCAUCCAAAACAACCUCGCCCAGGAGAUGACGUUGUUCAAUGGCGCCAACGGCACACCAACAUCCAACCCUUCUGCUACAGAUACCUUUGACAUUUACUUCCAGGCCGUCAUUAAUGGCACGAACAAGCACGACCCGGCAGCCUUGGUCGGUGCGAAUAACCAAGGCGCUCUAGUUGACGCGGUCAUCCAAUUCUACCAGAUUUACAUGGCUCAAGCCAUCUCCACAAACAUGCGCGCCUCGUCGUCGUCGUCUUCAUCUUCAACCAAUUCUUCUCGCCUCACUCGCAGGCAGUCGCCGACUACUACAAGCACCACCGCCACGACGGUCACAAGGUCCCGCCUAGUACAAGACAAGGACAGCAAACUGGAGCUCCAGGUCAUCCUGGGCGUCAUCGUUGGCCUCUGCGUGGCAUCUUGGCUCACCACCAAGAUGCGCCGCGUGCUACCGUGCAACCCCUGCUCUCUGGCCGGGACCAUGUCCCUUUUGGCCGGCAGCGAUCUAUGCCACAGCGUCGACGACGGUCUGUGUGAGUGCUGCGGUAAACCACGUCGCCGAUCCUUCGGGUAUGACGCGGACGACCGACCCGAAAGCAUCCAUGCCGCACCCGAAGACGAGGACGAGGACGAGGAGCGGCAGCAAAUCAUCCCCGAUGGCGCCGAGUGGGUGCCACAACCACAAUUCGAGACGGCGUUUGGCGGGCGCAGAUACAGCAUGGGUUGGUGGCGAGAGCGGCGGGCGAUCGGUAAACGGAGACGGUUCGGCGUCGACGUCGGCGUCAGAGCAGACGGCGCGGACGACCAGGAUUGGGAGCUCGGGCAGCGAAGGCCCGAGGGUUCUGGGUUUGCGGAUUUCAUGAUGCGCGGGGGUGACCGGGACGGACGAGGCGAGUAUUCGAGGUUCGGCAGCCGCGGGAGGGAUCUCAGUCCCGGCCGCCCUACCACAACGGCCGCGGGGGAGAGGGACGUUAUCGCUAGACCACCGCGUGCGACGACGCAGGCGAAUCCAAACCCGUCAUGCCCCGUUCAUGGUGGUGUAAACGACGAUGUUCGACCCCCUCCAGCAACGGUGGCUCCUAGACCGAGGACUCCAAAUCCUUCGUGUCCUGUUCACGGUGGCGUGGGAGGAGGAGGUGGAGGAGAAGAAGCAUCGGGGCCGGCGACCAUCACACGCAGAGAAGGUUCUUAUUUAGGUGGUGAAGCGUAGGCGUUCUUGGGUAUACCAACUUCGAUUGAUUUUCUAUGGAUGUCUCUACUAUUCAAUCUUGGAUCCAUUGUACCUUGAACUCUUUCCAAGCCCGCUUUCUCACCCAGUCUUUCAAAGGCCAAUGAUUUGAUCCAGCAAAUUAACCAUUGUCAUUGUUGCAGAUGUGAAACUAGUAGGAAAAACUCCAAGAUUGUGACCGAUUAUUCUCUUUUUGAAAAGGUCUCUUUCGAUAUAUCUCUGGGGUGAGUGGCCUUCGAGAAGUGGAGUCCGUCUACAAGACGGACGACACAGGUGAAGUUAGGAGGGGAACAUCGGAUCGAAUUACUCUCAUACAAGUAGUCA